GGUGGGGCACUGCUGACGUCAACUGCUUUCUAGUGACUUGUCUCGACGGACGGGCAGCAACCAACACCGGCGCCCUCGCCACUUCUUAUGAGUCCAUAGACUCCACAAUGGCCCACGCUACAGAGCCCACAAGACAGGUGGGCAUAGUUCACAUCGUACGACUUCUGACCACGUGAUCGUCACGCUACCUGUGCAGCCACGGCGCUCCCAACCAUUCGGCGGUGGUCCACCGGUGAUCUCUUUCUGAGGGCGGAGCUUCGCCCUCUUUAUUUACGGGGACGGCACUGCGUUUUCCCCAGUCAGUCGAUCUGCACUGCGCGGUGGAGUAGCCUGACUUGGAUUAUAUAGUGUUCCACGUGGCAUCGCCGGGGUACAUCGUCGGGCUCGAAGCACGCCAGUUUGUCGUCGCCAUGAAGAUCGCCUUCCUGUUCGUUCUUGCCAUGGAAGCGGCAUGCGUGGUUCGGAGCCAGAGGAACCCGUUGGGCUCGGGACUUCAGCGGUUGAUGGUCGGUCUGUUCGGUGCCCGGGGAGGUGGCCGCUACGGCAACCCUGGGGCCGCCUACGUCCAACAGGGCGCCGUUCCGCACGCCAACCGUCACCAGUCGGCCUACGUUGGUUAUGGAGCACCAAUGGGCGGCUACGUGAGGUCCCGGCACAUGUUCAACAACGGCAUGCUCCCUUUCGCGGGCGCUCGUCGAGGGACGCCGUUCAGGCCGGCUCACUCCAGUCGCUGGCGUCGCCAGGCGGGCUACCCCGAGGACCUGGUGUCGCGCGGCUUCUACCUGGUGCUGCGCCAGGACGACGACCGGUGCGUGAUGCGUGCCAGCUGCGAGGCGGCCGCCAAGCCGGGAGUGUACGGCAGCGAGGGAGAGCUCGCCGUCCAGUUCAUCCUGUCCCUGCGUCACGACGGACAAGCCCCGUGGCAGCCUUACCUGCUGUCGGCGCGCGUGGGCCAGGCGCACGGGAGCCUGCAGCUGUGCCGGCGCAUCUUCCGGGGCUGCCUGCUCGCCAGGGAACAGCUGGGCCGCACCACCCGCGAACGCCUGCUCAAGGCCAUCCGCUGCCUGAACAACCGGCAGUGCUAGCAGGACUGCAGGGAUCCGGACC